AUGACAAAUUUAUAUCAAAACCCAGAUGUUUCAAGAGAUCAUAAUAAUAAUACAAAUAGUAAAACUGAAUCUAAUGAAUUGCCAACCAUACCCAAAGAUCAACAAGAAGUUAUAAAAUUUGAUGAUUUUUAUAAAGAUAUAUUUAUAGAAUCAAGUUUAAUUGGACAAAUUGAUGAAUUAACAGUUUGUGAAAAUCAUAAUGAUCAUUUAAAUGGGAAUGUUUAUGUUAAAUUCAAUUCUGAAGAAGCUGCAACAAAAGCAAGAGACUUAUUUAGUACAAGAUGGUAUAAUUCUAAACCAAUUUAUUGUGAAUUAAGUCCAGUUGUUGAUUUUAGAGGAAGUACAUGUAGACAACAUGAUUCCAAGACAUGUGAUAGAGGUGGAAUGUGUAAUUUUAUGCAUGUUAAAAGACCUUCAAGAGAUUUAUUAAAGACAUUGAAGUUAUCACAAAGAAAAUAUUAUCAAGAAAAAAAAUCCAUAUGA